AUGCUUUUACAGUCGUCAGCCCUACAUCAAGCCAAAGAGGAUGCGCAAGAUGUGGCCAAAGAGCAUGAUUCCCCGCUGCCCUCACACAGUGGCUACUCUUCUUCUGAAUCUGCAACUUUUACAAACACUGAAACUUCACCCGUUACCUCCUCAGCGAAUGGUCCAGUUCACAAUCCACAAUGGUACAAUCCCGUGAACUACAUCAACUUGACGCAACAACUUGCCGCUCAAAUCAUUCAAGCUUCUCACUCAGGUCCUCCUUUACCAGGACAAAUGCCUCCACCCAAUGGUGAGUAUGAAUCUAUUCAUUGA